GUUACCAAUGAAAACAUGUCGGCUGUGUAUAGACCAUAUAAGAUGGUUUGGGAUAUAAUUUCUCUGUGUGUCCUUCUCACAGUCGUGUUACACGGAACACAGGCUGACCUCCGGGACCAUGUGACGGAGUACGAGGUGCUGGAGUCUGUUACGGUGCACAGUGUAAAGCGACGGAGUACGGAGGACGGAACAUAUCGUCGACCAAGCAAACAUGUCAACUUUUAUGCAGUUGGCAGGAACUUCUCCUUACAACUCAAGGAAUCACUCGGAAUAUUCUCCAGUAAUUUUAAGUUCCAGAUUGUUGAUGAGGAAGGCCACAUGACAGAGGAUAAGGACCUGGAUAAGUUCAACUUUUACCAUGGAUGGGUGGAUGGUGAGGAUAAGUCUGAGGUGACAGCCUACUUCGACGGGGACGCCAUGACAGCCUCCAUCUUUCUCCCCCGAGACGAACUUGUAAUUGAACCGAAAUGGAGACAUGAUGGAUCGAAGAGAAAGAAGGGAGAUAACUCUAUGAUCGUAUACAGACCUAAACACAUGAUAAUGCCCAAGACCGAAGACCAGGAACAAAAAGGGGCUUCAUUCUGUGGUGCUGUACACGCUGAUGGUGCCCCAGAUAAUGAGCUAGACCAAGAUCUUCUUCAUCGCCUGCAAGACAAAGAACUAAAUAAACACCACCGAUCCAAGCGCGCAGCCAAGACAAGAUGUCGCCUGAUGGCUGUGGCAGACUACAGAUUCUACACCAACAUAGGGGGCUCUAACAAAUAUACUACAGCCAAUUAUAUAGUUGCGGUGAUAAAUCGUGCCAAUGCUAUUUAUGAAAGGACAAACUUUGGUGGCACAGGAUAUGGCUUUGAGCUGGAACAGUUGCGACUUCACGAGGGAUACAGCCCUUCAGAUGGUUUCCCUUACAACGUAGCCACGCCUAGUUGGGCAGACAUGAGUGGUCUCCUCUCGACGUUCAGCCAAAGUACGACGUUCCGCGACUACUGCCUGGUACAUCUGUUUACACACCAGGGCUUGAACAACAUUUACGGGAUGGGCUACAUCGCUGGCACCUCAUUGGCUGCUGCCGGGGGAAUCUGUUCUCUAUCCUCAACUAAUGGUGGCACCACUUACACGUACAACACGGCCGUCACGACCACCAGUGAUGCCAGCGGCAACACCAUCCUGUCCAGGAUGUCCGAGCUUGUCACAGCUCACGAACUUGGUCAUAACUGGGGCAGUCAACACGACCAGUCUGGGGACUGUACGCCUUCCUCACUUAUAGGCGAUGGAAAAUAUCUCAUGUACUCGUACGCCGUCACUGGAGAGGACCCCAACAAUGACGAUUUCUCCACUUGUAGCAGGACGUACAUCUCCCGUGUUCUGGCUGCCAAGGCUGGCAGCUGUUUCCAAGAGGCUACAACUUCCAAUCUUUGUGGUAAUGGUCGGAUAGAUGUUAACGAGGAAUGUGAUGGUGGGCUGCUGGGAAAGCUAGGGCUCGACUCCUGCUGCAGCAAUGAAUGUACUCUGUCAACAGGAUCUGUCUGCACUCCGACUAACUACCCCUGCUGUACCACUUCCUGUCAGAUGGCUGCUACCGCCAACAACCUGGUGUGCGCGGGCGCGGGAGCUGGCACCUGUCUCAAGGAAACAUUUUGUGAUGGUACCAGUUUUACCUGUCCUACUCCCGCUCCACUGGCUGACGGCACGGACUGCGUGGACCAGGGGUCCUGUAGAAAUGGGGUGUGCCUGGCGUACUGUGAAUACCGUGGGAUGAUCUCCUGUGUCUGCAAUGAUGUUUCGAAUUCCUGUCGCCGAUGCUGUAGAACAAGUGGAGUGUGUUCUGUAGCGAACUCAACGUUGUUCCUAGCUCAGGAUCGGCCCUGUACCUAUGGCUAUUGUGACAGUGCAGGCACCUGUAUCAAGACGGAGGCAGGGCUGGCAGACCGCUUCUUUGAUCUCAUUGACAAGAUCAGCAUUGACUACCUUGUGGAGGCGUUCAGGACAAACAUGGUGGCGUUUGUGCAGGUUUUCUCCCUCCUUGUAUGGGUACCACUCAGCUGUCUGUGCUGGUGUCGGGAUAACAGGAGAAGAAAGAAGAGAGAAAACCGAGAAGACUUAUCAGUUCGUCUUGACCGAAAACUCAUUUAUGAUUUGGACGGUGAACCAGUCAUCGUGAAAAAACCUACAUCGAGAGCUCAUCGAAACAUGCGAAACAUGAUACCGGUACCGCCGAUUGGUGGUAUACGGACAUUGAGUGCUCGUGCACCGAGUGAGGUUAGUAACUCGUCGCGGAGGAGAAAUCAAAUAGCGCCACUGCCACUGAAGGAGAACAAACGGCGUGCGAGAAAGAGAGAGGCACAGCAGUGAAUCAGAAACAGAGAGAGGCACAGCAGUGAAUCAGAAACAGAGAGAGGCACAGCAGUGAAUCAGAAACAGAGAGAGGCACAGCAGUGAAUCAAAAAGAAUGAUACUGAGGAAGACUUUUGUGUGAUAUUAUAGCGACGAUCUGAAACAAAUCUUUCCUGUUUAAACACCUCUUUUUAAGUAAUUAUGGUUUCUUCAUACCUAAAUACAGUGAAGUUUUGUGGUAUUUGUGUAACUGAAUAAUUGUAUAAAAAGUGUUACAUCGCAAUCACCGCACUUACAAAACAGAGAUCAU